CUCGUAACCGGCUCGAGCGUAUCUUACACGAUCGGCGGCGGCGAUGCACCCGGACCUGGAGGCGCACCUCGUCGAGCUCAAGACGCGCCAGCGCAACAUGGUCGCGCGCCGCAUUGCCCUCGAGAAGAAGCAGCAGAUGCGCGACGCGACGAUGGCCGAGUUUAGUGCUGCCUACACGGACAUGCUCAAGCGCAAGCAGCGCCAGAUCCAGCAGCAUCAAGUGAUCGCCAAGAAGCGGAACCACGAGUUCCUCGACAGUCUCCGUGAGUACCAGCGGUCGGUCGCCGAGAGUCGCCCUACACCGGGUGCGAUCGCGCUCGAGAAGGCCAAGGUCGCGUUCGUCGACAAGGUCACCGAGGUCUAUCCCGCGUGGCAGGAGGAGCUGCAGCGCCUCAAGAUGCAGCGCUUGCGCCAGCUCGAGCAGGAGAAACACGAGAUCGAGUACCGCCGGCUGGUCGCCCAACAGAGCUUUGAGAAGGAGCAGGGACUCGAAGCGCUCUUGCGGCAGACCGUCCACGAAAUCAACUUGGCAACGAGCGUCGAGCGCAACGAGACGUACGAGCGGCAGCUGUAUCGACAGCAAAAGCUCAAGGAGGCCAUGGACCUCGAGCAAGCCAUCCGCGAGAGAGCCGAGGACGAGCGCCGGCGCAUGGAAGACGAUCAUUUCAGAACGCUCCUCUCCCCGCAGGCAGAUUACGAGCACCUCGCGACCAAGUACACGGCCGCCAAGGCGCCGCUACCAGUGCUACCAGAGCCCGAUCUCUUUGCCUCAAUUCGCCCGCCAGCGCCUCUCGAGGUGCCACCGCCGUCGUUGGCGAGUUCCCCAGUUCUCUCCGACCCCGUGGCUGCUCGACCGACGCUGGUCGAGCCAUCUGCGGCUCUUCUUCCGCCAUUGCAACACCAUAUUGCAAUCGCAGCUUCCCGUCCAGAAGAAGCCGCCCCGCUUGUCGAGCGCCCGUCCCUCGUCGUCGACGAGCCAGCACAAAGUGACACGGACGAUCCGAUUUUGAACGACUUCUACCGCAUGACGCCUGCGGUCGCGUCGCCAAGUGAGCCUGCACCAGCACAAGUGCUUGCAAACUCCGAGAUGCUGGCGACCAAACCACCGAGUCCAGCGCCUGCCGUCCCAGCCAUGGCUUUAGUGGCACCCGUUGUGACAGCGCAUCAACCAACUCAAGUACCUGAAGCGCCGACUGUAUCAAUACCUGUGGACCCACCGGCAUGGACACCGUCGAUCGUUGUUGCGGCUGUACCGGAGCCAACGGAAACUGUCGUGGCGUCGCUGCCACAGGAAGCACCAACGAUGCCCGUGCCACUGACAAUUACGAUGCCACUGGCAAACGAAGACGAGGUGCCACGUCCGCGGACAGCGAGCCCAGCAUCUGUGACGCCCCCGUCACUCCCUGCCACCGAGACGCCCGAUGCAACGCUCGCGACAGUCCUCUGCGCUGUGGAUCAAAUCAAGAAGCCCAAGACGCCGUCCCCACAGCACUCGCCACAGUCUCGGCUCAGUGUCUUUUCGGACGCUGGACUCGAGUCGGUAGACCUUGGCGACGCGCCCGUCGUCACGAGCCACCGACAGUCGUCCCCGACACUGCGCGCCUUCAGUCCCGUCAUCGAUGUGCUCUCGCUGCCGGUGCCAGACGUUGUCGAAACACUGCCAGCACUCGAACCAACUGCCGUCGUUCCGAAUGCCGAGGCUCUACCUCCGGCGCUGCCAAGUACCGAGCAAGCCCCGAGCCCCGUACCAACUCCAGAGACACCAACUGCCGCUAAUGACGCCGUGGAAGACGCCACGACACCACCCAAGCCAAGUGAAGGCCUCGAGGCGGCGCCUGUCGUCGUGCCAACUGUCACCGACGAGCAUCCGAGCGAGCCAUCUCCUGUGCACGAAACAAGUGCCAAGGCGAAGCAACGCUCACCGCUCCAUCUCGAGCUCGACGACGAAGCUAGCAUGGACGAUCCACCCAUCGAGUCACCUGUCCCAGCGCGAACAUCAGCAUUUCCAGCCGCCGAGUCGCCGGUACCCGCGCGGACGUCGGCCUUUCCAGCUGCCGACUCUCCAGAGCCGGUACCAGCUUCCGGGUUUCGUUCUGCCGACGAUGGAAGCGUCGAUGAGUUUGAGUUUGAGGCGCCAUCCCCGUCCAAGCAAAUGGGUACGGCGACGGCCAAGCUGAGUGACGCCGAGCGGCUCUCGCUCCUCACACAGCUGCUGGAUCGGCUCGAGACAAGCGCUCGAAGUGGCGAGACACACUUUACGUCAAGCCCCGACGCGAUUGGCCUCCAGUCCAAGCUAGAUCUUGUCAAAAUGGCAACGACCGGGCGCAAGAUUAGCAUUUUUGGGGCCGACGUGUGUUAUGCGCUCCUCCUUGAAGCACUGCAGGACAUUGGCCCAUACCUCUUUACUGAAGACCUUAUGGUCGGUAAAAUGACGCUUCAGCGACUCACCAAGGCGUACCAGCCCAACCGCAACAAGGAAAAAGACUAUUGGCGCCUCUUCAACGCGGUCUUGAGCCUCCUCGUGACCGAGCACGUCCUCCCCCCUCUCGACGCCGCCCAGGUCUUCUCGACUGCGUUCCUGACGCAGUUACAAAAGGACGACCGUACGGCCCGCAAGCUGCGGGAACUGUUGCUCUCCCUUUGCCCCGAGCCACAAGCAAAGACUACCGACGCCAAGUCCGAUACGAAGCCGAACGAAGUGCCUUCUACCGAGCCAGCAGCGAUGGACGCACCACCCAAGUCGACGCCGGCAGCGGCACCCGUCGUUGGAGCCCCAGCGGUGCUCGGCCUCGCUUUUAUGCGGCAAAGCUCACAGACCUCGUCGGGCCGAGAGCCCGUCUUUGGCCGCGCCAAGGCGUCCCCUAUCAAAGGCGCAAGUCUCGGUCAGCGGGUGCUCCGAGGCGCCAGCUUGCGCGACUACUCGGACUUUGAGGUCGACGACGAUGAGAUGGAGAUUGGUUCGAUGGCACCCACUUUGGCCAGUCGGUCCUCGGGACCCAAGCCUGUCCUGGGGAAGCAGCCGUCCGCAAGACUCUCCGUCUCGAAACCUGCCGCGUCACAAGACGAUGAUUUUGAUGAAAACUUCUAGUCGCGCUUUGUACUACAUAAGGAAAACGCAGUCAUUCGCGUGGUCGUACA